CUGCCAGUAUCCACUCUACUGCUAAUGGACGCUAAUGAGCACCACCCUUGGUGGGAUCCGCUAUGCUCCACCACUAGCCAAGGCGCUCAGGAGCUAGUAGACUGGAUAGGCAACCAAAAUCUUAGCCUCCUUAAUACGCCAGGAACUACCACUUUCUUUAGGCCGCACCUAUCUAGAGAAACAACACUAGAUCUAACAAUUGCUACACUAGAUCUAGUCGAUAAAGUAAAAGACUGGCAAACUAUAAUAGAAACUGGUUCUGAUCACUAUGGAAUUCUCUUCUCACUU